CCCGGAUUUAAAUCUCUCGCAAGGCUGCUCGAGUCAGCUCCCUUCUCUCUUCGCUGUUUUCUCUCGUUUUUCUCCUCUUCUGCAAGGAGCAGCAGGCUAGUCGUGGUGAACUAGAUGCUGACCAAUAAAGAAAACGGGAUGAUGGCAGGCAGCAGCAGCAGCAGUUCCUUGCGACUGCCCCUUCAGGAGACCUCCAAUGUCCCCAAGAGCACGGAGGCACUGCGGAAGGAGAGCACCAGCAGCACAGGCAGCACUGGGGAGAAAUGCAAGCGGAAGUGGUCCCUCGAGGACUUUGAGAUUGGCCGUCCCCUCGGGAGGGGGAAGUUCGGCAACGUUUACCUGGCACGAGAGAAGUCCAGCAAGUACAUCAUUGCGCUCAAGGUGCUGUUCAAGUCGCAACUGCAGAAGGCCAACGUGGAGCAUCAGUUGAGGCGGGAGAUUGAGAUCCAAGCCCAUCUCAGGCAUCCUAAUAUCCUGCGACUCUACGGCUACUUCCAUGACGACGUGCGAGUGUACCUCAUCCUGGAGUACGCACCUCGUGGAGAGCUGUACAAGGAGAUGCAGCAGCAGCCACACAGCCACUUUGAUGAAAAGAGAUCAGCCAAAUACAUCAUGCAGCUUGCAAAUGCUCUCAAAUACUGCCACACCAAGAAAGUCAUCCACAGAGACAUCAAGCCGGAAAACUUGCUGUUGAGUCUCCGAGGCGACCUGAAAAUUGCUGAUUUUGGUUGGUCAGUUCAUGCGCCAUCUUCAAGACGGACUACACUUUGCGGCACCCUGGAUUACCUCCCCCCAGAGAUGGUCGAAGGAAAGGCCCACGACGAGAAAGUGGACUUGUGGUCUUUGGGCGUUCUCUGUUACGAGUUCCUGUGUGGCAAACCUCCUUUUGAGGCAGAGACCAAUUCUGGGACAUACAAACGCAUCACCAGCGUAGAUCUGCGGUUCCCUUCCCAUGUCUCAGAUGGAGCUAAGGACCUCAUUGUUAAGCUACUCCGUCACAACCCUCGUGCUCGUUUGAACCUCGAGGGGGUACUGGCGCAUCCCUGGAUCCAAGAGUGUACCAAAGACCUGCCUACUCCCUCAGGUCACUGAGUGGUGAUCACAGGGAGGGUCUUGCAAAUAUUGUGAUAUUGUCCUCGAACAAGUUUAUUUGAAUUUUGUACAAAGUUAGGUGCUUUGAUCAGGAUUUUUUGUAACAAAGAUAUUUUGUAUUCCCCUUUAAUAAGUAACAAGUAGAUUGACCUUGUUGCUGAACACUAUAGCUCAUUCCAUUUAGUGUUCUACAAAGGGUAUUUGUAAUAUUUGAUUAAUAUUUCUCCAUUGUAUUUAUUUAUGUGAUUAUACAUAGUGGGAUAAAAAAAAUGACAUCACUUUUGUUUAUAUUGCAAACAUAAUGGUAAAGGAAUGUAUUAGAUUUUAUUACCAAGUGCAGAAACACCACUCCCUGGUAGCUUUCGUAAAUAUAAGCACAAACAGAGCAUAUAGAAAAUAGUAUAACUUGGAGGGAGUGAUUCUUAAAGUUUUUUGUCCAAUGUAUCCAACGAGAUUUUUUACAUCAGGAACUUUUGGGGUUUAUGGUCAGGUUUCCAGCAUAUCUUUUAUAGCAAUAUGGAUUUACCUGGGUGACCUGUGACUAUCCAAGCUUUAGACUGGCAGAAUGCUUGUGGGAUUUUGUAUUGUGUGCUUGUGCAAUCUCUUCUCUUUUUCUCGUCUUGUCCUCUAGCUCCUAGUAAUGUAUUAUUCAGUUUUCUUCUUGUUACUCUUUUAAGACCAUCCAGACCUUGAUAACGCUGUCCAUCAGAGCUAUUUUCACGUCAGUUUUGUUGGUAUUGACAAACUUCUGUAAAUAAGAUUCUUUUCCCUUCUAUUUUCAUUUUUGCUGCAUUAAGAGAUAAUACCAUUUAUAGAACAGGGAUUAACAAAGCUUUCAGAAUUGAACACAGCUGCUUUGGCUGGAAAGGUGUGCAUGUGACUGAUUGCUAGUUAAGAAAAUCAUAGCAUUUUCUAUUUCAGGAUUUUUUCCAAUCUUUUUAUGGUUAAGACUGUAAAAAUAUGAUGUGAUUUUUCCUCUGCUUCUCAUUCUCCAUGCAUUGCUAGACAUUCUGCUAACAUGUUGUAAACUUUUGACGUGUUAGCUUAUAUUCUAGGUUGUCUUUUAGCUAAUAUGUCAUAAAUUUUUCUCGGUGAACUAUUUAUGUUCACAUGUUAUGCAGUUUUGUUAUUCCUCUAAGAAUGUUACUAUUUACUCUUUAUUUUUUAUUUUUUUUAAUUAUUAUUAUUAUUAUUAUUAUUAUAGUUUAAUUUAGUUUACUUGGAUAUUGAGAUUGCCACAAUGUGUUUCAUUAGUAUAAUAAGUAUUACUAGUAUGAAAGUUGUGUAUAUAGAUUACUAAAUAAGUUCACUUUAACAGGUUCUGUAAAGCAGGAAAAUUAAACUUGCCUUCACUUGUAUUUACUGCAUUUAUUCUGAACUGUAUCUGUACUUGGUUUUUAAACAGCUUGGAUUUAAUGAUAAAAAAAUAUGGCAUGGAAAACAAAUGUUAACUGUUAUUACAUUUGCUUUUCUUUUUUUUUCAUUUUUCUUUUUUCUUUUAAAAUUUCCUACUGAUCAUUCAAGACUUUUCUUUUAUUUAUAUAUAUAUGUAUUUUUAGGAAAGUAGUAAAUCCAGAAAUGGGAUGUCGUAUAUAAAUUUCAAAAAAUAAAAUGUAAUUCCUUCC